AUGCGUCGCAAGACGCGCUUUGUCUGUGUCUCUGAUACCCACGGCUACACCCCAGCGGAAGCCGGCUUCAAACUUCCAGCCGGCGACGUCCUCAUCCACGCAGGCGACCUCACAAACCAAGGGAGCAUAACCGAGCUGCGCAAAACCAUCGACUGGGUGGCCGCGGCUGAUUUCGAGGUCAAAAUAGUCAUAUGUGGAAAUCACGACAUUACACUAGACCCAAACUUCUACGCCAAACACGGCCCCAAAUUCCACAACCAGCGCCUAGAAGAUCCCCAGAAAUGCAUCGAAGUCGUCACUGCAUCGUCUUCGAUCGUGUUCCUCAGGCACCAGUCAGCACUAGUCCGCUUGACCCGGCCCAACGGCCCAAACACCAUCUUUAAAGUAUUUGGAUCACCCUUCUCCCAAUCACCCGGGACCUGGGCAUGGGGAUACGAAUCCGUCGACGCCGUUGCCCUCUGGAGCCGCAUCCCAUUGGACACCGAUCUGGUUGUUACGCACACGCCGCCUCGUUCCCAUUGCGACCGCCGAGCGACCGGUGGCUCCGUUGGGUGCGAGGCCCUGCGUCAGGCGCUGGGUCGAGUCCGCCCUUCCCUGGCGAUCUGUGGCCAUGUCCAUGAGUCGCGAGGCUAUGAGCGAGUUAUUCGUGGGGCGUUGCCUGAACCGGGAAGUAAGAAGCAAAGUUUGAUCGACCUGACGGGCAAGAAAGCGCAGCAACUGGAGAAUGACGAAUUCUUCUUCGACGAAGCGAAGCAGAAUCAGGGUGCGCUUUUCCCUCCAACGCAGAAUAUCCUGAUCCCCCCGUCUGCUGAUGAUGCCGAGGAUUCUGCAACGUCAUAUCCUCGAUUAAGACCAGACGAAUGCCCAAGUGACCCACCGAACGAUCGUUCGCGCCGACGAGAAACUUGUAUCGUCAACGCGGCGAUCAUGGCGACGAGCUGGCCUCAUCGCGGAGGAAAGCAAUUCAAUCCCCCCAUCGUUGUGGACUUGGAGCUCCCUGUAUGGCGAGAAUAA